GUCCGCCGCCGAGUGCAUCACGCUCCAGGAGGCGCUGGAGAGGCGCCGGCCCGACUACAUCCGCAACGCGGCCGUGCGCCAACAGUACCUUUGCCGGCUGGCCGAGCUGCGCCGCAUGAACGUGGAGCGGGCGACACGCGCCGCCGAGCGACUGCCCGAGCUGCCCACCGAGCGCGACUGGUGCGACUUCAGCGAAGCGCUCAAGCCAGAGAGCGUGCGCCGGGCGUUCGACUACCGCGACAUGCGCCAGCACACGGAGCGGCUGUGGCGACGGCUGCCAGAGAUCCGCGACUGCGUCACGCAGCGCAAACGACACGCCCAGUUCCGCACCAACCGGCUUAUGUGGCAGGUGUACAAACAGAAGCUCCAGGAGCGCUGCCUGAACGGCAAUCUUCACAUGACGCACCGGGACGCCGUCCUGGGCAUGUGACGUCACUGAUCACCACUUCGCGCCGCCUGCGAGGCGGUCUUAACGUGACGCACACGGACGCCGUCCUCGGUGUAUGACGCCACUGGUCAUCACUUGGCGUCGUGUGCGAGGCAAUCUUCACGUGACGCACCGAGACGCCGUCCUCGGCGUGUGACGUCACUGAUCACCACUUCGCGCCGCCUGCGAGGCGAUCUUCACGUGGCGUACCGGGACGCCGUCCUCGAUGUGUGACGUCACUGGUCACCGCCCAGCGCCGCCUGCGAGAUGACCUCUACGUACUACACUUGAUGUGACGGCACUCAUCAUCGCUCGGGACCACGCAGGGACCAUACAGACCGUCGCUUGUGCCCCGGCAGGGUGGUAGUGAUAGCUCAACAUACUGCCGUAAGCGAACUGUCGUCAUAUCGGCACUCGUGGCUCAGAAAGGCAUCAGUGCUUUGCUGCAAAGACAUGAUAUUUCCUUGCGGGUCUCGGUUGUCAAGUGGUAGCUGCUGGGGCGUUAACAUGUCUGCAUGGUAUAUAUUCCCUCUGCCGUGGUUAUCCGUGUACCGCGUGUGUAACAGGCGCUUCCGACGACCGUACGCAUGUGAGCAUUAUCAUCGCGAGAACGACAUUCAUCCCCAUCAGUGUUUUUGCGUGUGCUACCGAAACCGAUCCGAAUGAAGGGAUGCGUCAUGACGGGCAGCCUCGAGUGAGAGUUGGUGAGCGGCGCCCGCCACUCGUCAGGGCGCCCCUGGUGCAGGGCCGUGUCGAGCAGCCUCGAGUGAGAGUUGGUGAGCGGCGCCCGCCACUGGUCAGGGCGCCCCUGGUGCGGGGCCGCGUCGAGCCGCGCUGGCCCCCACCUGCGGGGGCAGCAGCCGACGUCCGCACCCGUUGACCAGAACUCAUACUUUAUCGGCGAAAUUGAUAGUGGCGCUGUCUGGCGGGGUCGUGUGGGCGGUCGUAAAGCGACGAUGCGCGAUGCGCCGGCCGGGGGAGGCGGCCAAGGGGCGCCGCGCGCGCCGGCCGGCCAACGGCGUGGGGUAGCAGUGGCGCUCGCCGAGCUGCUACACUGCCGGGUGGCAGGCGCCCGGCUGUCGGCCGCACCAGGCCGGGCCCGGGUGUGCGCGGGCCUC